AUAUUGAUGACCCAUCGGGGCGGCCCUGAAUCCCAUGCUUUCGUUAAAAGGUUUCUGUUGUUGUAGCUGAUGCAGUUGCUCUGUUGCUAUGGAAACGUGACAUCAAAAUGACGUUUCCCGUUUAAAAGCUUUUAACUAAAUUCCUGCCUGUCAGAUGUAGGCCCCAUUUUGAGCGUUGGAGCCGCCUUCGAAAGAGCAGCCGCCGCCUUGGUGCCCAUGGUGCGCAAGGCCGGGCCCCGGGGCCCCCACCUGAGCACGCCCCCUUGACCUGGCAGGCACUCCCAGCAUGGCGGCCGCCGAGGUGCCGGGCUACCUGGUGUCCCCUCAGACAGAGAAGCACCGGCGAGCCCGCAACUGGACGGAUGCGGAGAUGCGCGGGCUCAUGUUGGUCUGGGAGGAGUUCUUCGAAGAGCUGAAGCAGACCAAACGCAACGCCAAGGUGUACGAGAAGAUGGCCAGCAAGCUCUUCGAGAUGACCGGCGAGCGGCGGCUAGGCGAGGAGAUCAAGAUCAAAAUCACCAACAUGACCUUCCAGUACAGGAAAUUAAAAUGCAUGACAGAUAGUGAGUCCGUCCCGCCCGACUGGCCCUAUUACCUAGCCAUUGAUAGGAUCCUGGCCAAGGUCCCCGAGUCCUGUGAUGGCAAACUGCCCGACGGCCAGCAGCCGGGGCCCUCCACAUCCCAGACCGAGGCAUCCCUGUCGCCGUCCGCUAAGUCCACUCCCCUGUACUUCCCGUAUAACCAGUGCUCCUACGAAGGCCGCUUCGAGGAUGACCGUUGCGACAGCUCCUCCAGCUUACUGUCCCUCAAGUUCAGGUCAGAGGAGCGGCCAGUGAAGAAGCGCAAAGUGCAGCCAAGCUGCCACUUCCAGAAGAAGAAGCUGCGGCUUCUGGAGGCCAUGCUGGAGGAGCAGCGCCGGCUGAGCCGUGCCAUGGAGGAGACGUGCCGUGAGGUACGCCGCGUGCUGGACCAGCACAACAUCCUGCAGGUGCAGAGCCUGCAGCUGCAGGAGCGCAUGAUGAGCCUGCUCGAAAAGAUCAUCGCCAAGUCCAGCGGCUAGCCCA